AAUUUUGUCUCUGCUUUCAUCUUCAGCAGAUCAGUACUCAGGUAUCUGAAAUUGGAAUCAUGCUUCUCAAGUGUAUAAGCUUUCCUGUUUCAAAGAAGACAAGCUCAUCCAAGAAGCACUCUCCAACGGUUAUAGAAUUGUUAUGCCAUCAAUUUUCCCUGGAAGAUCUUAAAAGAUCAACCAACAACUUCAACCAGAAAUUAAUAGUUGGAAAAGGAGGUUUUAGCACUGUAUACAAAGGAUGUCUCAAACACAAUGGUGGAUCAGACCAUACAAUUGCAUUAAAGCUCAAGUGUUGCAACUCCAACCAGCAUUUCCUCGAGUUCAUGAAGGAAAUUGAGUUGCUAUGCCAGCUUCAUCAUCCUAAUUUGAUCUCUCUUGUAGGAUUUUGCAACCAUGAAAAGAAAAAGAUUAUUGUGUAUGAGUUCAUGUGCAAUGGCUCUCUUCAUGAUCACCUAUACAAUAGGGACAAGACACCACUAUCAUGGCAGAAAAGGCUAGAGAUAUGUAUAGGAAUCGCACGUGGACUACACUACCUUCAUGCUGGAGCCAAGCGUUCUAUCUUUCAUUGUGACAUAAGACCUAGUAACAUUCUUUUGGAUUGCAAUAUGGUGCCUAAGCUCUCAGACUUUGGGCUUUCAUUGCAGGGACCACUAUCUACUUCCAAGCGAAAACCAAUUGCAGUAGACUAUGUUAUAGGUAAUUGAUUUAUUUAUUCAAUUUUAUAAGCUUACUUCAAAGAAUGUAAUUAAAUAAUUCAAAUAAUAGUCUCACUUGUAGGUACAUUUGGAUACUUAGCCCCUGAGUGUUUCCAACGCCUGACUGUUACAGAUAAAUCAUAAAUGUGACGUUUACUCCUUUGGUAUGGUUCUACUUGUAAUGGUAUGCAUGAAGGAGAAGGAUUUGUUUCUUAACAAGGCCAACA